UCAUCACCAUCACGGCUGUCAUCACCGCCAUCUCCAGCAGCAGCAGCAGCGUUAGGGGUCCCGCGGUUCCGAUUUAGUGCCUUUGCCGGGGUCAUCUGGCCACCCAACAGCAAUUUAUAUAAGCACAAAGCCCGACUCUGCUGAUGAGACCCAGACGGUCGCGGGCAGUCCAGAGGCUGGGCUUUGCUUUAAAAAAAGCUGCUGGAUAGUCGUCGGCUGGCUAAGCACCGUGCAUAGGCUAGUGGACUAAAAGCGUCUUUAAUUCGUUAUGCUGCGACACAAGUGGAGAGAUUCUGCCUCUGUUAGUGCGAUCAUCAGACCGCGCGUGAGGUGCGUAUCUCUCAACACAGGAAGUUCGCGGUUCGAACUCACGGCCGCCCUGGUUAACGCCGCGCCGGUGUAUUAAUCACACAAUUACGCGCCACCUGCUUCAAAGUGGACGUUAAAUAUCCCCCACCCAGUGGGACGUUGGUGGCAAACAGCGAGGAAGUAACGUGUGCUUGGAGGCGUCACGGUCCAAAUUUUGCCACGGAUUUUAAACGAAAAUAAAAGUAAAAUCCACCUCGGAUAAUUACUUAAUUGGGUAAAACCACACCACGUGCAUCGCCUCCCCCCCCCCUCGUCACCGCAACACGCGAGCAGGGCACCCCCUUCGUGACUUUAAAGUCUUGAAAUUCGUCGAAGCAUUUCCGAGUGCGCAUGAGCGUAACGACAAACAAACGGCAAACCGCGAUCGUCAAUGAAUGAAUAGAAGCCUCCCCCCCCCCCAACUCGGGGAAGCGCUCCCCGUGGUCCAGUAGGCAUGGCGGGGCCGGAUAAGCUUAAUCUCGGUGGUGAUGAGAUUGGCCGGAGCCGCGCCGAUUAUCCUCCUCGCGGGGUCGUCGCGGGCUCUCGGCGCCAGGAGGAGCGUCGUUCGGCCCGCGCCGGCGACGCCGCGUGUCUCGCACGGGGGUCGAGGCGGGUGCCGAGGCGAGGCGGUGAGCGGCCCGCCCGGAGCAUCCUGGGCGAGCGCAGCGCUUCAACGACGACGACGAAGACCUUCGGGUCGCGUGGACUCCGCCGAUCUCCGCACGCCUCCGCAUGGCUUGAGCCGCGCGCCCGGCCGCAACAGCGCGAUCGAGUCUGACCGCGUGGGGUCCGCCACCUGUGGGAGGUGUGCGAGGGGCAUCACCUGUCCGCAUCACCUGUCCGCAUCACCUGUCUGCAUCACCUGUCCGCAUCACCUGUCCGCCGAGUGACCGGCACCUGGCCACCCGAGCCGCCGUGCGCUCUGCGCGGACGCAAUGGGCACUGCGAUCUCCGUUCAGAGCGCCUUGCAGGGGGUCGACGCGUGCAUCAGCUCCGAGCCCCGCGAGCACGUCAACAACAACGCCAACAACAAAAACGGCGUUGCCGACGAAGAUGACGACGACGACGACGCCGACGAUUGUGGUAGUUGUGGUGGUGACGCUGCUGCUGCUGCUGCUGGAGGAGGUGGUGGUGGUGGUGGUGACACCAGGGUGAAACACAACCGGGCCCGGACGGUUUUCAUCACGGCGAUCACGUUCAAAAAUCUCAUCGUCGGCGCGGCGACUCGCAAGGUGCCGUCGAGUCGAGCCGCGUUUCCCCGCGCGCCUUCGCGCCGGCCCCCCUGCUCGUGCGAGCACCGGCCCGCCGCGGCCACGGCGGCCACAACCGACUCGUCCGACAGAAAGCCAAGGAGCGAGAGGAGCGUCAGCCUGCCGGUGGCCAGCCGCGAGCCGAGACGGAUCGUUCCUCCAGCCAGGACCACCGUCGUCACCACCGUCGCCGUCGCCGCUCCCGCCGCUCCCGCCGCCGUCGCGGCAGCCAACGACAGCGCAACCACCGCCGCCAGCAACAGCACCAGCAGCAGCCCUCAACAGCUGAUGGAGAGGCUGCUCAUGCGAGCGUCCAGCGGCGAACUCCUGAACUGUCUGGGGACGCACCUGUGCAGGCGCUGCGCGUUACUGCGCCACAUAAGUCCCGCAGACCCCGUCCGUUGGCUCAGGGCGGUGGACAGGACCCUGCUGGAGCAGGGCUGGCAGGAGACGGCCUUCCUCACACCGGCCAACGUCCUAUUCGUCUACCUGCUGUGUCGCGAGAGCGUCUCGGAGCAGACGAGCAGCGAGGGCGACCUACAGGCCUCGCUCCUGGUGUGCCUCUACCUGGCCUUCUCCUACAUGGGCAACGAGAUCUCGUACCCGCUCAAGCCGUUCGUCGUGGAGGCGUUCAAGGAUAAGUUCUGGGAGCGAUGCCUGAACCUCAUCGACUCGCUCAGCGGCCAAAUGCUGCUCAUCAACGCGAGCCCCACGUUCUGCGUCGAACUCCUGCGGGAGUUGAAGGGUGAAGGGAACGCGGACGAAACGCGUGGGGACAGGAGGACCCUCAACUUGGACAGAUGAGCGAGAGGAACAGCGGCAGCGGACAGACAGAUAAGAGUAUCAUGGGAUACAUUUUUGUUGGCAAUGUCAAAGUAUGAAAAAAAGAAGUAGGUUUUAACCCUUUCUGGCAAUAAAGCAUGAGGUGUUACGAUGUUCAAACACCAAAUAGAUAUGUUGUCGCAAGGAAGCAAGUCAGCAUUAACCGCUUCUCACGCCGAGCUAUAAAAUGCUCUGAUGCGUGUGGCAUUGUCUUUGUGCUGCUCGCCUUUUGGCGUCGUUCUCUAGCCUGCCACUGGUGCUGAGACAAGGCCCUAAAGAAGGAUGUUGUCUCCGGUGUAGGCCAAUCCGUUUCAAAGACAAUGCCCGUGUAUUGUUAUCAGAGCCAUGUUUGUUUGCAUGUUCACCACGAGUACGUGUGGUGAAUGCGGGACUUUGACGCCUUGCAAAGUGUACCGAUUUGGCGUUUGAACAUCCAUACACAGCGCCCGUUGUAUCGACACAAAGGGUAAAACACCUGAUUAUUUAUUGCAUAGACAGACGAGAGACGUGGCAGCUACACAGGACACACGCGCCGAACUUCAAAGAAGCUCCCGGCACGUUGGUGGUGGUGGUGUGGGGGGGGCGGCGCGAAACGUCGUCGACGUAGAGGCGGCAGGGGAGCGACCGUGAUGCAGCGACGACAUCGGGGGGAGUUGUGAGCGACGACAACAGCCGCGCCGGUUUUUUUUGCUUUCUUCGCCGGCUCUGCUGCCGCGCGCGCAGGGAGAUCGAAGUCGGCGACCUCUGUGGAGUGCAAGUCAGCCAGUUGAACACGUGGCCGGCUUGGUGUUAGAACGCAUAACGCAUUACGCGAUCUAACCCACGCAACAACAACAAAACGCCAUCAUGCAAGUCAGCCAUCGCACAGCGAGCGGCAAGGCCACCUGUAAUGUCUUUAUGAAUAAUUUGUGAAUAAUAAUUGCUGCUGUUAAGAAGUUCAGGGCAGGGAGUGGUGGUGGUGGUGGGGACAGGAGGAGGUGAGGGGGGAACAGAAGGAGUGUGUUUUGUGAUCUGAUUUCCCGGGGUCUAAGAUAGUCGCGCCCGGUCGUAGGGUCAGACGCGAAUUGUAAGGUGUCUCGCAAUCUUCAGGUGCAAUAUCGAUGAUGGCCAACGCUUCAAUAAAUCUCGAUCCAGGAAGUAUACUGUGGAACAUAGAUAGAUACUGCAGUACUCGGUCUGACAGUACAGCAUUCACAGCCUGUCUAGAUGGGCUCAGGGUUGCCACCUGCCCGGGGUUGACCCCCCCGGACGGUCCAGGGGAAAUUGGCAUCCGCGUGCCGGUGGCAGGAGUUGAUUUGUACCGAGGUUCGUUUACCCGAUGUCGUGUUGAACGUGUAUUUUACGCAAUGCGCACUGCUUACAAUAGAAAAGGUGACAACCCUACAGAGCCUCUCACACCGUGUCGUCUAAUGGGGAGGGAGGGGGCGGUGCUCAACUAUACUUCACCACGCCGGUCGGUGUGGUUUGGUGUCGCGAGGCGAAGGGCACGGACGGACUGCUUCGGACGGUGAUGAUGACGAGACUGCGACAGUGCUCCUUGAAGGACGUGUCAACAACGGCGUAACAAGAUGAAUAUCUAGCACCAGAUAGUGGUGGUGGUGGUGGUGAUGGAACUGUCGACUGUGACACGAAGAGCAACUCCCAAAGCCUAACGCGGUCGGGGUUGCAAGCGCGCACGGUGCUGGAAGCACGUGUCAGCUACGUCACAAAGAGCAGACUUCAAGUCACGUGCCGGUGUCGAAGUCCCCCUUGCGCGCGUGCGGUGGUGCUUGAUAGGUCCGGCGUCGGCUUUGCAGCGGCUGCGGGAUCUGGCAAAAGGACGGACGUGAUGGCGGUAUGAGCUGCUGCUGCUGCUGCCCUUCACCAAAGAGAUUAGACAUGUAAGAGCAUUGCAGCACGUGUGGCCGUAUCGCCAGCAGCGUGCGCGUGACCUGCGCGUCGGGAUGGCUGUGCAUUGGUCUGUUUGUUUGCACUCGUAACGAAUUCGCAACGUAUAUCACUCUCAUCAGCAGUAGUGGCGGAAUUAUCAUCAGCAUCAUCAGCAGCAGCAGCAGUAAUAGCGGUGUUGUUAUUAUUAUUAUCAGUAGCAGCAGCAGCACCAUGAGCAGUAUCAGCAUCAUCGGCAGCAGAAUCAUCAACAGCAAAAAAAAUAACAGCAGCAUCAGGGUAAUUUCCAUCCUCAGCAGCGGCAUCAUUAUUAUCAGCAGCAAAGCAGCAUCAUUCAUCAUCAUUAGCAUCAUCAUCAGCAGAGAUUUUAAUGAAGCGCCUUUCGACUAAAUAUACUAGGCAUUCCAAAGCAAAUCUGCACAUAGUAAAUAUACAUGGCGAACCUGACGACGUGAUUCAAUGUGUUCUACCAACACACACACACAGAGCAAACCCCGUGCAAUUGUACAUCGUGCGACGGUCGUUACUGAGAGGUUUUUUUAAAUAAGAAAUAUAUAAAAUAAAUACCACUCGCCGGAAUUUCUGUCUGUCUCCCUUUGGUCAUAGUCAGCACUGGCACGGUGCAUCAUCAAUCCUCGUGCAAGCUGCUGUCCAGCGGCUUGUUGCCGUCAUUAUUAUUGUUGUCGUGCAAUAUUGUUACAGUAUUAUUAUACGGUAGUAUUUUUUACAGUAUUAUGUGGUAUUAUCGUUACAGUAUUGUUACACAGGUACUAUUU